AUGAAUCGUGCUUUGAGUGAUGGUGCUUCUUUGUUGGGAAAAGAAGUGAAUGGGAAAGAAAAGAGCUGCUUCGGCAGCUGGGGCAAAGCGUCUGGCAAUGUCCGAGAUGCGCAACCGUGGGUGGCUCAGCGUCUGCAAAUGCUGAGCGCUUUCAUCGUUCGAGCACGCGAUUUUCAGCUUCAGCUGUUCCAGAAGGAUUUGGAUUUCUUGGCCCACCGCGGUGUGCCAAUUUCCAUGGUGUGGUGCGCUGUUGGGACCUGGGGGCUCCGACCAGGGACUUCGGAGAUUGAGAGCUCCGAUGGCACGUGUGUGGGCGGCAACCUGCUUGCUGCUGCAACCUCUUGGUCCUCGGGGAUGGAUCACGGGAUUGCUGGGGAUGAAUGCCCUGCUCAGGGGCCACCUUUGGCGAAUGAGCCUUGUGCGUAUGCUCCUGACAUGCAGGCAAGUGCGACAUUUGGGCUUCACAUGAUUGAGGACACCUUCUCUGAGGAGUUUCUUUACUACGUGCCGCAGGCAAGUGCAGCAUUUGGGCUCCACUUGAUUGAGGACACUCUCUCGGAGGAAAUUCUUUACUACGCGCCGCAGCAGCAGCUUCUCUCCGCAGCGCCUGGUCUGGACCUUGGGGCUGGGCCAUGUGGGACGUCGACUUGCGCUGCUGAGAACUCUGUGUGUGACAAUCAAGAAAUCAAUAAGACCCGUGAAAGGGCAAAGAGCCUUAGAGGCCUAGCUAGGAAUGAUUGUGAGUGUCAAGAAAUCAACAAGACCCGCGAAAGGGCAAAGAGCCUGAGUGGCCUAUCUAGUGUUUCUUGUGAUGGUGAGUGCGAGCUUGACUGUAGCAAGAAGAGCCUUUACGGCCGUGUUCUUAAAGUCUUGUGGGGGCUCUGCACUACCAAGACCCGCGAAAGGGCAAAGAUCGAGACUGCUGCUGGGCUACUGGUGCCAGCUACUUGUGCUAAAGGUAGACCUGGCUCCUCGGAGCCCCCCUGUUCUUCCUCCUCGCAGUGCUGCUGCCAUGGCCUGGGCUCGCUGGCGGCCGGCGACGGUGGCGGCCAGUUCUACAUCGCGCAGGGCAAGGACGAUGGUGCGGUGGCCGAUGUUCCACAGGUUGCUGACUUGCAGGGUUCGGAUCAGGUGCCUGCGACGCGCCUAGCAGGACCGUUGAAAACUCAGAGUGAUCUUGACGAUGCGCAGUUGCAGGGGCACAAUCUGCGAGUGCACCUUUUCCUCCGAGGAUGCCACGACGUGAUUGCCUCUGCCCGUGCAAGCACUCUAAUGACUCAGGACCAGGACUCUGCUGCUGCCUCGCGCUCCUGCCUGCCUGAGGGCUGUUCGGGUCCCACCGGCCUGCGGUUUGGAGGCGGCAACCCGUUUGAGGGCAUGAUGGCCAGCAUCACGGAACAGCUUAUGCCCAUGAUCACUGCGCUCAUUCAGAAAGCUGUGCAGGAAGCCAUUGCAAAUGCAAUGGGAGGUGCCCCGGCAACCCCUCCCCGUGUUGUGCUGCAGGAGCCGAACCUGGAGCGGGGGCCCAAACGCCACAAGCCUGACCUUACCCCCAGCAACAAGCGAAAAAACCACGAUUCGAGUCGCCAUCCCACUUAUCGUGAGCCGGGCGAGGGCAAAGCAUCUGGUGGCAGAGGUGGUCAGCCUGUUGCUGCAAAGGGAUCGGCCAAGGGUGCUGCUAAAGGUAGUGCAGAGGUGUCCCCACCCAAGUCUGGAUCAAAGGGUAAAGGGCAGGGAGACCGGCCUCCUCGUGAUGCUGAGGGCUGGACCAAGGUUCAGCGUGCUCCCCCGCAGGGCCCCUUCCAGCUCCGAUCGCAGGAUUGGAGCGCGCAGCUUUUGUCGCAGGAUGGAAUUGCCAAAGCAUUGGACGACCUUAAACCGGGUUCUACUCUGGAAGCUGUCAUUCUUGUCGAGCCCUCGGCGCUGCCGAGAAUUCGGACCAUGCUUGCUGGCACCAGCAAAUCUCAUAAAAUCACCCUUGUAACCUUGGACGCGAAUGGUCCUCACAAGGUCCCGGGAAGUGUGGGUGAUCUCCUGCGGUUCCGACGAGCCUCGAUUGCACAUUGCAAAUCUGACCCUGCUGAUGGUGGUGUCCCUUGCUUUGCGGGGCACAAGGCCAAGGCCAUUAAAGUUGUUCCUGCGUCCACUUCGGUUGUCUACUUUAAGGUGCCUGAGAUGUACAUGUUGCCUGAUAAAUUCAAGCAUUGGAAGAACAACCCGAGUCGUGCUGCUUCUUCUUGGGCUAGUUCUCACCAAAUCACUUUGAGUGACACGUGGGGUUGGAUCGAGGAGCAGCAGGCUGGUAAGCAAGGCCUGCAACUGUUUGGCAUUGCUCGCCUCCUGGACACCGAGUUGUCUUCUCUCGUUGCUGUCAGUGGCCGGGAUGGAGUUUUUGUUGAUGUGCCGCGCGGCAAGCUUGUCUCCACUGUGCAGUGGCUUGCUGCUACCAAGGGCGAAGCUCCGAUUGCGUAUCUUGAACGCGGCCUCCGCAUGAGUGCUCCUUACGGUCUCGCCACCCAGGGCGGACGCAUUGGUGCCAGAUCGCCUAGAGAUCCUUCCCAGGCUGUCCCGCGUGUCUGGAAUUUUCCUCAUGUGCCGGCCAGCUGGGGACAGAAGGAAGUGCUGCAGGUGUUGGACCAAUCCUUCAAGGAUGUGGCGUUGAUUCAGCAUAAGCGCACGGGUGCUGAGUACUUGUAUCGCUUCAGAGCCACGCUUAAGCACGGCGAUCAUGACUUGGUUCCUUUGAGUGCCAUCGUCGAGAGCGAGCCGGGAAAGGACAAUGAAAUCACGCUGUGGGCUACGGUUGCGCCUUACAAGCCUAAGCAUGCUAAGCAGCGACCUUUGCGCUGUGCGCCGACUCCCUGCCUUGCCAAGGAGAAGCCUGCGCUGGAGCCCCAGCCCGUUCGACUUCAGGUUCCCGCCGAGCUCGAUGCUGAAGGUAAGGAGGUGUCCCCUGCCAAGCAUGUUGCUGCUUCGCAUCGUCAAAUCCCCUCGGGGUGUGAUCUCAUUGAGACUCCGAAAGACGGAGCAUGUCUCUUUCAUGCGAUUGCGCGUGGUCUCAACUGGCUUUCGGGCCCUAAGAAGGCCGAGCAUUCCCACAGAGACCUGAGGGCGCGUUGCGUAGAGCAUUUACGUAAGCACGCUUCGCAGUAUAUUGGUGAGUGGGACGGCCAUGGGCCGGAGUUACAAAAAUUGCGUGAAAAAGCUGAAUCACCGGAGGCGGGCUUUGAGGAAUACCUCAAGUUACUCGCUUCUGAGUCUGCAUACGCCUCUACCAUCGAAAUAAAAGCCCUCGGCCGCUUGUUUGACUGUCGCAUACUGGUCAUCCCUCGUGAUGGCAAUUUUAGUGCGAUGACUUUUCAUGCGCAGCAGCGCAAGAGGACACUGGUGUUGUGGUAUACGCCUAAACAUAUUGAGCUUCUUUUGCCUGCUAAGGACUCUCGAGAGUACCCCGAGGAGAUUUUCGCUGUUACGAGCGGUGCUGUCGUGGACCUGCGUGCCGGAGGUGAUGAUGCCUCCCAGUGCUCGGGUACGGUUUGGACAGGUAGCGCCCGAUCCAACCGGUCCAAGGCCAGUCGAACCUCCUCUGUGAAGGCGGGUACUGUGUGGACUGCUGUCAACACAUCGAGCAAAAAGGCCGUUUCACAAUCCCGGCGUGAUGCUUCAGUUCCGAUUUCGCAAAGGGAUGAUUGCAUUGCUGGCCAUCGGUCCGGUCCAAGUUGUCUCAAGCGCGCUCGCGGUGCUGCCGUGACGGUAUGGUCCCGAGCCGUCUCUUCAGACGCUUCCGUGCAUUCUCAAAUGCCUGCCUUGCCGGAGUGGGACGAUGAUGAUGCCCCGCGCCCUGAGCGUUUGCAUCAUGCCAACCGGGCCCUGCCUCAGUCUGCCCUCGUUAUGGCCCGUCGAAACCGCGGCCGAGCUUUCCCUGAUGGAGUUGCUAAAUGCAGGCUUUGUCCCUUCCGCCGCAAGUGUGCUGAUCCUGUGAAGGCUUAUGCGGCCUAUCAGCGGCAUUUCUUGGAUUCGCAUCCGGGGGAGAAGCUUGGACUCGCUCCUGCAUGCAAGGCUUCCUGUGUUCGUAACCUCGCUGAUGGCGAGGAGGCGCACUGGAGAUGCAAACGGUGCCAGGCAGGCAUCUCGACUGCUGAUGCGGCCCGCUUUGGCAAGGACUCCCUGUGGCGAUUUCGCCGGGAGCAUAAAACAAAGGCCCACCCGCGCGUCUCUUGGGCUGUGUGGAACAAGGAAGCGAAAUCACACUCGGCUACCAAAUGGGCCUCAAAGAUCAGUGUCACUCGUAACAAUGCCCAGAAGGCUAAGCUCCUGCCGGUGCUGCGCGAGCUUGAGGCUCAGGAUUUUGAUGCCUUCGGGUGGCCGCGCCAGGCCGGGAAGGACACCAAUACUGUUGAUAAGUAUCCCUUGCGCAUAUGCCCGGCUUGGGUGUGCCGCAAAUGCCGAGCGCCGUGCUCCUCUGCAGAGAUUGCUCGGAAGCAUCGUUCGGUCAAGGGACAGUGCCCUUCUCGCACUGCUAAGGCGAGGGCGUGGAUUCGGUUGCGCUCCCUUGCUGCAAAUAAAAAGAUCCAUGAUGCCGCUCCUGCCUCUGUUCGCAAAGAGCAAGGCGAGCUCGCUUUCGCUGCUGCUGAAAAGGUCAAUGUUCCUGAAACGGCUGGCAUCGGCUAUUGCAACCAGUGGAAAGCGCAUGGCAGACAUGUUGCUCUGAGCGCUCCCGAGGAUCUCGGCAGCCGCGUUGCUUUGGUCAGCGAUUUUCCUUUUCGGCACGUUCAGUUAUGCAAGGGUCCUGCUUCCACCAGGCAUGUGGCGGGGCUCUUUAAUUUGCGAUCUCUCCCUGCCGAUGAUUCUUCGCUUCCUGCGAGCUCCCGGAGUGCCACUGAUGAAACCAUCCUGGUUGUGGCCUUUUAUGGUCAGGCUGGCAAUGAGCCAGUUGCCCAGACACAAGUGGAUGAAGUCUUGGCGUGUGCGGUGACCUCGGGUUAUAGAUUUGUGGUUUUAGGCGACUACAACCUCGAGCCUUCCCAGGGCCGCUUAGGGUCGCUAAUUGCUCAAGGCACCUUUCUUGCUGGUGAUGAGUGUGCACGUGGCCGGCCUCUUCCUGCCACGGGCCCGGUCAAUGCCCAGGGAGUGCGCUCUCGUCGCAUUGAUUUCGCUGUUAAUCACCGUGACCUGCCAGCGGUUUCAGUGGAUCACUUUCAGUGCGAUUGGUCGGACCAUUUGGGUGUGCACUACUCGUAUGCCCUUGCUGCCCCUCGCCCCUUGGUUGGGCCCAGGAGAUGCAAGCCUCGCGACGAUCUCCUGCCUUCUGACUUGGAGACCAGAUGUGCUCAAAUCGAUGCAGGACCGUUUGCGCUUGCUUUGGAACAUAAUGAUUUGGACGGUGCUUGGCGCUUCUUGUCGGACACUGCCGAGGCCCUUCUGUGUGAGCCGUGCUCUGCAGAGUGCGUCCCUCGUGCGUCUUCGUGGGAGCCUGUUACCUCCAGUGCUGCGGGACGGUCGGGCAAGCAGCCUGUGAAGUCGGAAAGCCUGCGCCUCUUGCUGCGACUCCGUGCGAGGCUUCAGGUUCUUUCUCACCGGACGAACGAUGCUUCGCUGGUGGCGCGAAUCAGGCGCUCACUCCGGUCCACGCGCUUGAAGGUGCCAAGCCUGCCUUAUGCCCGUGAUGGAGAUGAGCUCUCUCUUCUUCCACAUGUUGAACAGCUCAUCGAGACUUUCACGCAGCAGGAGGAGGAUGCUAGAAAGCAAAUGUGGCGCACCAGGACGCGUGCUGACCUGCCUCGUGCCCGGUCUUUUGUCAAGCGGCGCGCUGACGAGCAACUUGCUUGGGAGCGUCAGCUUCCGGAUGUUGCCAGUCCGGGCGACCCUGCACAUCCGGCGGUAGCGGUCGCAGCUGUGGCGAAGGAUCUGCGUGCGAAGCUCUGUCCCGCGUCCUUUCGGGCGGUUGACAUGCAAGCCAUGCGUGAUCUGUUGCGGCCCUUGCCGCGCCCUGCUGGCUUGGAGGUUGUGCCUAACAUCACGCCUGAGGCUCUUCGACGGUCAAUGCAGUCCAUGCGGCACCGUGCUGCCGGACCGGAUGCGUGGAAACCUGGACUGCUAUGCUCCAUGCCUGAUCUUUGGUGGGUGUGGACCUCCCAGCUGUGGAAUCGGUGCCUCGCUUGUUGUGAUGUCCCAGCCCAGUGGGCGCAAGCACGUGUGGUGAUGAUUAAGAAACUCAAAGGAGGCUUCAGGCCGUUAACCAUUUCUCAAGCUGUCUGGCGUGCGGGAGCAAGGAUUUUGAAUGCCCAACUCUCCGACUGGAUAGGUUCGUGGAGGUCCCCGUCGGAUGCCGGCGGCAUCCCGGGCACGUCGGUGUCGGGUGCCCUGCUUCAGCUGAAUGCUGCAAUGCGCGGUGGCGCCAGUGUUGCGGUUCAACAGGACAUUGCGGGGUUCUUUGAUGCUAUCCAGUUUGAAGCCCUUGAGGUCCUCCUUUCUCAUCUGAAAGCGCCGCCUUUUCUUUGGCCGCUGCUGAAGGCCUUUUACACGCGAGCUUCGCGCAUCGUCCAAUUUGAUGGCGCAUACAGCGAUGCCUGGUUUAAGCCCCGCUUGGGUAUAGCUCAGGGUUGUCCCUUAAGUCCCACCCUAGCUGCCGCAUUCAGCCACCUUUGGACCUUGGCUGUGUUGAGGCAAGGGGUUUCAGGCCUGGUCUAUUUGGACGACCGUUCCUUCUGGACUUUUUCUGCGGAUCUCAGCGACCUGGAGCAUGCGAUUCAGCGCUCCAACCGAUUCGAUGCCACUUGCGGUCUAGAAAUAUCCUUGCCAAAGUGUGCGAUCGUGGCGCCAGAGGGUCAUUUUGAGGCUCCUGCUCUGGCUGCCCGAUUAAACUAUCAGUACUCGCAAACCCUUGAAGUAUUAGGUGUCUCUGUUUCCUUUAAUGAUGAAUGGGGCUUGCUGAAAUUUUCCUUAAGAAAAGCUUUGCUGCGCAUGGACCUUUUGCGCUGGGUGACUGCUUGCAGUCGAUUGCGGGGCCUCAUGUUGAAAUCGCUUGUUUACCCGUGUUUGGUGUGGGCCGCUGCCUACGCUACGCCACUGGCAGGCGAGAUGAAACAAGUUAGAGAUGCUGCGAUUCGGGUAUUCGACUGUCAAUUUUCCUUUGAAGCCCCGCGCGUCCUGAUCUUCGAACAUGUGGGGUGGAUGCUGGAGCCGCAGUGUGCUGCUGACUCUGCUGUGCUCCGCGAGGCCUGGCGCCUUCUCUGCAAGCCUCCGGCUUUUGCCCUGGAGCAGCCGCGUGACGUCCGGGGCCAGCGCUGGGAUCAGCUGUUGCCUGCUGCGCCUGACCUUCUCCGCAGAUUGGGGUGGAGCGUCGUUGAACGCCCUGACGGCUUCUUUUUCGCCUGCCGUGAUGACUUGGGAAUCUCUCGUGAAGUGCAGGUCGGAUGGGAGAGCUUUGCUGAGGUAAAGGGCUGGCUGUUUGACCACUACCGGCAUCUUUACAUGCAGAGAUGCCAGCGUGUCUGGCGCAGCUUCCAUAGGCCGGACCCGAGCCUUGCACGAGGCCUGGAUCUUGAGCCUCCUUUGCGGGAUGCGCGCUUCAGCUUUCGUGGGCACCGUGUUGCCAUGCAUGAGGCGACCACUCCUUAUAUGCGACGGGCCGCUGCUGUCACGGGAGGCUCGUGCUGGUUCUUUACGGCCGGGCAGGGGUUGAACGAGCAGCACCGGCGCAUGCAAUGCCUCUGCGGCGCUACUGCUCCGUCGCGACCGCAUGUGACCUGGGUUUGCGAGUGCACCGAGGCGCUCCGACGGGACCAUCCCCCGCCGACGACGCGAGCGGAGGAGCGCAUGUUUGCAAAGUCGACUCCCUUGAAGCCUCCGGCGCCUGCCUCCUCUGACGGUGGAGCUUUUCGGGCGGACUUAGAUACUGCUUUCCGUGCUGCGCUCGGUUCGGGCCGGAGCAGGAUUUAUGUGGCUACUGAUGGCUCCAGCCAUCGAUCUGUCGGAGCUUUUGCCGUGGUGAUUGGUGAUCCGUCUUGUGCCUAUGCCAUGGGUACUGGGGCAGAGGACCAAUCCCCGUAUCGGCAAGAAGUGCUGGCCCUCCAUGCGGCAUUUGAGUCGAUCCACCGGGUGUGGAGUGAGGGCUGCGAGAAGUGCAUCUUUCUCUUGACUGACUGCAAAGCUGCCCUGACGGCCAUCUCGGGCCAUGGUGAUGAUCCCUUUACUUUGGGUCUCUUGCUGAGGGACGCGCGCCGUCUCUGGAAGGAGCUGGCGCCCUCGCCGGAUCAUGAUGCGGAUGUGCUCCGCGCCUUUAACCAUGCUGCAGAUCAGGCGGCUCGGGAUUGGGAGCUGACUACCAUCCGGCUUGCGGCAGCUGCUGCCGAGAAGCUGGACCAACAUGUGAAGAGUGACCUCGGACAGCAGCUGAGCGGUCUUCUCGAAGUCGCUCAGCCCCCAGAUCGCCGGAAAUUCUGGAGUUUUGUGGCUCAAGUGGGAAGGGACUCCUCGCGUCUUGAGCUGGUUAACCUGUACUUUCCCAGGUACAGGGCUGACACUUCCCACACGUGCCUUCGGGCCAUGGCUCCUUCUUCUGGAGGCCUUGAUUGUGGGUUCUACCUACACUUUCGGCGUUCUCUGAAGCGAAUGAAUCGUGCUUUGAGUGAUGGUGCUUCUUUGUUGGGAAAAGAAGUGAAUGGGAAAGAAAAGAGCUGCUUCGGUAGCUGGGGCAAAGCGUCUGGCAAUGUCCGAGAUGCGCAACCGUGGGUGGCUCAGCGUUUGCAAAUGCUGAGCGCUUUCAUUGUUCGAGCACGUGAUUUUCAGCUUCAGCUGUUCCAGAAGGAUUUGGAUUUCUUGGCUCAACGCGGUGUGCCAAUUUCCAUGGUGUGGUGCGCUGUUGGGACCUGGGGGCUCCGACCAGGGGCUUCGGAGAUUGAGAGCUCCGAUGGCACGUGUGUGGGCGGCAACCUGCUUGCUGCUGCAACCUCUUGGUCCUCGGGGAUGGAUCACGAGAUUGCUGGGGAUGAAUGCCCUGCUCAGGGGCCACCUUUGGCGAAUGAGCCUUGUGCGCAUGCUCCUGACAUGCAGGCAGGUGCAACAUUUGGGCACCACAUGAUUGAGGACAGUUUCUCUGAGGAGUUUCUUUACUACGCGCCGCAGGCAAGUGCAGCAUUUGGGCUCCACUUGAUUGAGGACACUUUCUCUGAGGAGUUUCUUUACUACGCGCCGCAGCAGCAGCUUCUUUCCUCAGCGCCUGGUCUGGACCUUGGUGCUGGGCCAUGUGGGACGUCGACUUGCGCUGCUGAGAACCCUGUGUGUGACAACCAAGAAAUCAAUAAGACCCGUGAAAGGGCAAAGAGCCUUAGAGGCCUAGCUAGUACCGAUUGUGAGUGUCAAGAAAUCAACAAGACCCGCGAAAGGGCAAAGAGCCUGUGUGGCCUAACUAGUGUUUCUUGUGAUGGUGAGUGCGAGCUUGACUGUAGCAAGAAGAGCCUUUACGGCCGUGUUCUUAAAGUCUUGUGGGGGCUCUGCACUACCAAGACCCGCGAAAGGGCAAAGAUCGAGACUGAGGCUGGGCUACUGGUGCCAGCUACUUGUGCUAGAGGUAGACCUGGCUCCUCGGAGCCCCCCUGUUCUUCCUCCUCGCAGUGCUGCUGCCAUGGCCUGGGCUCGCUGGCGGCCGGCGACGGUGGCGGCCAGUUCUACAUCGCGCAGGGCAAGGACGAUGGGGCGGUGGCUGAUGUUCCACAGGUUGCUGACUUGCAGGGUUCGGAUCAGGUGCCUGCGACGCGCCUAGCAGGACCGUUGAAAACUCAGAGUGAUCUUGACGGUGCGCAGUUGCAGGGGGGUCAGUGGGUCAAGGUAGGCCGAAAGGUAUGCUCCGAUGGCUUGAUGCAUAACAGCGUUUGUGGCCGACCGCAAGGCACAAUCUGCGAGUGCACCUGUUCCUCCGAGGAUACCAGCGACGUGAUUGCCUCUGCCCGUGCAAGCACUCUAAUGACUCAGGACCAGGACUCUGCUGCUGCCUCGCGCUCCUGCCUGGCUGAGGGCUGUUCGGGUCCCCGCCUGCGGUUUGGAGGCGGCAACCCGUUUGAGGGCAUGAUGGCCAGCAUCACGGAACAGCUCAUGCCCAUGAUCACUGCGCUCAUUCAGAAAGCUGUGCAGGAAGCCAUUGCAAAUGCAAUGGGAGGUGCCCCGGCAACCCCUCCCCGUGUUGUGCUGCAGGAGCCGAACCUGGAGCGGGGGCCCAAACGCCACAAGCCUGACCCUACCCCCAGCAACAAGCGAAAAAACCACGAUUCGAGUCGCCAUCCCACUUAUCGUGAGCCGGGCGAGGGCAAAGCAUCUGGUGGCAGAGGUGGUCAGCCUGUUGCUGCAAAGGGCCAGGGAGACCGGCCUCCCAGUGAUGCUGAGGGCUGGACCAAGGUUCAGCGUGCUCCCCCGCAGGGCCCCUUCCAGCUCCGAUCGCAGGAUUGGAGCGCGCAGCUUUUGUCGCAGGAUGGAAUUGCCAAAGCAUUGGACGACCUUAAACCGGGUUCUACUCUGGAAGCUGUCAUUCUUGUUGAGCCCUCGGCGCUGCCGAGAAUUCGGACCAUGCUUGCUGGCACCAGCAAAUCUCAUAAAAUCACCCUUGUAACCUUGGACGCGAAUGGUCCUCACAAGGUCCCGGGAAGUGUGGGUGAUCUCCUGCGGUUCCGACGAGCCUCGAUUGCACAUUGCAAAUCUGACCCUGCUGAUGGUGGCGUCCCUUGCUUUGCGGGGCACAAGGCCAAGGCCAUUAAAGUUGUUCCUGCGUCCACUUCGGUUGUCUACUUUAAGGUGCCUGAGAUGUACAUGUUGCCUGAUAAAUUCAAGCAUUGGAAGAACAACCCGAGUCGUGCUGCUUCUUCUUGGGCUAGUUCUCACCAAAUCACUUUGAGUGACACGUGGGGUUGGAUCGAGGAGCAGCAGGCUGGUAAGCAAGGCCUGCAACUGUUUGGCAUUGCUCGCCUCCUGGACACCGAGUUGUCUUCUCUCGUUGCUGUCAGUGGCCGGGAUGGAGUUUUUGUUGAUGUGCCGCGCGGCAAGCUUGUCUCCACUGUGCAGUGGCUUGCUGCUACCAAGGGCGAAGCUCCGAUUGCGGCGGACGCAUUGCAGGCUGUCCCGCGUGUCUGGAAUUUUCCUCAUGUGCCGGCCAGCUGGGGACAGAAGGAAGUGCUGCAGGUGUUGGACCAAUCCUUCAAGGAUGUGGCUUUGAUUCAGCAUAAGCGCACGGGUGCUGAGUACUUGUAUCGCUUCAGAGCCACGCUUAAGCACGGCGAUCAUGACUUGGUUCCUUUGAGUGCCAUCGUCGAGAGCGAGCCGGGAAAGGACAAUGAAAUCACGCUGUGGGCUACGGUUGCGCCUUACAAGCCUAAGCAUGCUAAGCAGCGACCUUUGCGCUGUGCGCCGACUCCCUGCCUUGCCAAGGAGAAGCCUGCGCUGGAGCCCCAGCCCGUUCGACUUCAGGUUCCCGCCGAGCUCGAUGCUGAAGGUAAGGAGGUGUCCCCUGCCAAGCAUGUUGCUGCUUCGCAUCGUCAAAUCCCCUCGGGGUGUGAUCUCAUUGAGACUCCGAAAGACGGAGCAUGUCUCUUUCAUGCGAUUGCGCGUGGUCUCAACUGGCUUUCGGGCCCUAAGAAGGCCGAGCAUUCCCACAGAGACCUGAGGGCGCGGUGCGUAGAGCAUUUACGUAAGCACGCUUCGCAGUAUAUUGGUGAGUGGGACGGCCAUGGGCCGGAGUUACAAAAAUUGCGCGAAAAAGCUGAAUCACCGGAGGCGGGCUUUGAGGAAUACCUCAAGUUACUCGCUUCUGAGUCUGCAUACGCCUCUACCAUCGAAAUAAAAGCCCUCGGCCGCUUGUUUGACUGUCGCAUCUUGGUCAUCCCUCGUGAUGGCAAUUUUAGUGCGAUGACUUUUCAUGCGCAGCAGCGCAAGAGGACACUGGUGUUGUGGUAUACGCCUAAACAUAUUGAGCUUCUUUUGCCGGCUAAGGACUCUCGAGAGUACCCCGAGGAGAUUUUCGCUGUUACGAGCGGUGCUGUCGUGGACCUGCGUGCCGGAGGUGAUGAUGCCUCCCAGUGCUCGGGUACGGUUUGGACAGGUAGCGCCCGAUCCAACCGGUCCAAGGCCAGUCGAACCUCCUCUGUGAAGGCGGGUACUGUGUGGACUGCUGUCAACACAUCGAGCAAAAAGGCCGUUUCACAAUCCCGGCGUGAUGCUUCAGUUCCGAGUUCGCAAAGGGAUGAUUGCAUUGCUGGCCAUCGGUCCGGUCCAAGUUGUCUCAAGCGCGCUCGCGGUGCUGCCGUGACGGUAUGGUCCCGAGCCGUCUCUUCAGAUGCUUCCGUGCAUUCUCAAAUGCCUGCCUUGCCGGAGUGGGACGAUGAUGAUGCCCCGCGCCCUGAGCGUUUGCAUCAUGCCAACCGGGCCCUGCCUCAGUCUGCCCUCGUUAUGGCCCGUCGAAACCGCGGCCGAGCUUUCCCUGAUGGAGUUGCGAAAUGCAGGCUUUGUCCCUUCCGCCGCAAGUGUGCUGAUCCUGUGAAGGCUUAUGCGGCCUAUCAGCGGCAUUUCUUGGAUUCGCAUCCGGGGGAGAAGCUUGGACUCGCUCCUGCAUGCAAGGCUUCCUGUGUUCGUAACCUCGCUGAUGGCGAGGAGGCGCACUGGAGAUGCAAACGGUGCCAGGCAGGCAUCUCGACUGCUGAUGCGGCCCGCUUUGGCAAGGACUCCCUGUGGCGAUUUCGCCGGGAGCAUAAAACAAAGGCCCACCCGCGCGUCUCUUGGGCUGUGUGGAACAAGGAAGCGAAAUCACACUCGGCUACCAAAUGGGCCUCAAAGAUCAGUGUCACUCGUAACAAUGCCCAGAAGGCUAAGCUCCUGCCGGUGCUGCGCGAGCUUGAGGCUCAGGAUUUUGAUGCCUUCGGGUCAACGUUCCUGAAACGGCUGGCGUCGGCUAUUGCAACCAGUGGAAAGCGCAUGGCAGACAUGCAUGUGGCGGGGCUCUUUAAUUUGCGAUCUCUCCCUGCCGAUGAUUCUUCGCUUCCUGCGAGCUCCCGGAGUGCCACUGAUGAAACCAUCCUGGUUGUGGCCUUUUAUGGUCAGGCUGGCAAUGAGCCAGUUGCCCAGACACAAGUGGAUGAAGUCUUGGCGUGUGCGGUGACCUCGGGUUAUAGAUUUGUGGUUUUAGGCGACUACAACCUCGAGCCUUCCCAGGGCCGCUUAGGGUCGCUAAUUGCUCAAGGCACCGUUCUUGCUGGUGAUGAGUGUGCACGUGGCCGGCCUCUUCCUGCCACGGGCCCGGUCAAUGCCCAGGGAGUGCGCUCUCGUCGCAUCGAUUUCGCUGUUAACCACCGUGACCUGCCAGCGGUUUCAGUGGAUCACUUUCAGUGCGAUUGGUCGGACCAUUUGGGUGUGCACUACUCGUAUGCCCUUGCUGCCCCUCGCCCCUUGGUUGGGCCCAGGAGAUGCAAGCCUCGCGACGAUCUCCUGCCUUCUGACUUGGAGACCAGAUGUGCUCAAAUCGAUGCAGGACCGUUUGCGCUUGCUUUGGAACAUAAUGAUUUGGACGGUGCUUGGCGCUUCUUGUCGGACACUGCCGAGGCCCUUCUGUGUGAGCCGUGCUCUGCAGAGUGCGUCCCUCGUGCGUCUUCGUGGGAGCCUGUUACCUCCAGUGCUGCGGGACGGUCGGGCAAGCAGCCUGUUAAGUCGGAAAGCCUGCGCCUCUUGCUGCGACUCCGUGCGAGGCUUCAGGUUCUUUCCCACCGGACGAACGAUGCUUCGCUGGUGGCGCGAAUCAGGCGCUCACUCCGGUCCACGCGCUUGAAGGUGCCAAGCCUGCCUUAUGCCCGUGAUGGAGAUGAGCUCUCUCUUCUUCCACAUGUUGAACAGCUCAUCGAGACUUUCACGCAGCAGGAGGAGGAUGCUAGAAAGCAAAUGUGGCGCACCAGGACGCGUGCUGACCUGCCUCGUGCCCGGUCUUUUGUCAAGCGGCGCGCUGACGAGCAACUUGCUUGGGAGCGUCAGCUUCCGGAUGUUGCCAGUCCGGGCGACCCUGCACAUCCGGCGGUAGCGGUCGCAGCUGUGGCGAAGGAUCUGCGUGCGAAGCUCUGUCCCGCGUCCUUUCGGGCGGUUGACAUGCAAGCCAUGCGUGACCUGUUGCGGCCCUUGCCGCGCCCUGCUGGCUUGGAGGUUGUGCCUAACAUCACGCCUGAGGCUCUUCGACGGUCAAUGCAGUCCAUGCGGCACCGUGCUGCCGGACCGGAUGCGUGGAAACCUGGACUGCUAUGCUCCAUGCCUGAUCUUUGGUGGGUGUGGACCUCCCAGCUGUGGAAUCGGAUUUUGAAUGCCCAACUCUCCGACUGGAUAGGUUCGUGGAGGUCCCCGUCGGAUGCCGGCGGCAUCCCGGGCACGUCGGUGUCGGGUGCCCUGCUUCAGCUGAAUGCUGCAAUGCGCGGUGGCGCCAGUGUUGCGGUUCAACAGGACAUUGCGGGGUUCUUUGAUGCUAUCCAGUUUGAAGCCCUUGAGGUCCUCCUUUCUCAUCUGAAAGCGCCGCCUUUUCUUUGGCCGCUGCUGAAGGCCUUUUACACGCGAGCUUCGCGCAUCGUCCAAUUUGAUGGCGCAUACAGCGAUGCCUGGUUUAAGCCCCGCUUGGGUAUAGCUCAGGGUUGUCCCUUAAGUCCCACCCUAGCUGCCGCAUUCAGCCACCUUUGGACCUUGGCUGUGUUGAGGCAAGGGGUUUCAGGCCUGGUCUAUUUGGACGACCGUUCCUUCUGGACUUUUUCUGCGGAUCUCAGCGACCUGGAGCAUGCGAUUCAGCGCUCCAACCGAUUCGAUGCCACUUGCGGUCUAGAAAUAUCCUUGCCAAAGUGUGCGAUCGUGGCGCCAGAGGGUCAUGUUGAGGCUCCUGCUCUGGCUGCCCGAUUAAACUAUCAGUACUCGCAAACCCUUGAAGUAUUAGGUGUCUCUGUUUCCUUUAAUGAUGAAUGGGGCUUGCGGAAAUUUUCCUUGAGAAAAGCUUUGCUGCGCAUGGAUCUUUUGCGCUGGGUGACUGCUUGCAGUCGAUUGCGGGGCCUCAUGUUGAAAUCGCUUGUUUACCCGUGUUUGGUGUGGGCCGCUGCCUACGCUACGCCACUGGCAGGCGAGAUGAAACAAGUUAGAGAUGCUGCGAUUCGGGUAUUUGACUGUCAAUUUUCCUUUGAAGCCCCGCGCGUCCUGAUCUUCGAACAUGUGGGGUGGAUGCUGGAGCCGCAGUGUGCUGCUGACUCUGCUGUGCUCCGCGAGGCCUGGCGCCUUCUCUGCAAGCCUCCGGCUUUUGCCCUGGAGCAGCCGCGUGACGUCCGGCCAGCGCUGGGAUCAGCUGUUGCCUGCUGCCUGGAUCUUGAGCCUCCUUUGCGGGAUGCGCGCUUCAGCUUUCGUGGGCACCGUGUUGCCAUGCAUGAGGCGACCACUCCUUAUAUGCGACGGGCCGCUGCUGUCACGGGAGGCUCGUGCUGGUUCUUUACGGCCGGGCAGGGGUUGAACGAGCAGCGCCGGCGCAUGCAAUGCCUCUGCGGCGCUACUGCUCCGUCGCGACCGCAUGUGACCUGGGUUUGCGAGUGCACCGAGGCGCUCCGACGGGACCAUCCCCCGCCGACGACGCGAGCGGAGGAGCGCAUGUUUGCAAAGUCGACUCCCUUGAAGCCUCCGGCGCCUGCCUCCUCUGACGGUGGAGCUUUUCGGGCGGACUUAGAUACUGCUUUCCGUGCUGCGCUCGGUUCGGGCCGGAGCAGGAUUUAUGUGGCUACUGAUGGCUCCAGCCAUCGAUCUGUCGGAGCUUUUGCCGUGGUGAUUGGUGAUCCGUCUUGUGCCUAUGCCAUGGGUACUGGGGCAGAGGACCAAUCCCCGUAUCGGCAAGAAGUGCUGGCCCUCCAUGCGGCAUUUGAGUCGAUCCACCGGGUGUGGAGUGAGGGCUGCGAGAAGUGCAUCUUUCUCUUGACUGACUGCAAAGCUGCCAUGACGGCCAUCUCGGGCCAUGGUGAUGAUCCCUUUACUUUGGGUCUCUUGCUGAGGGACGCGUGCCGUCUCUGGAAGGAGCUGGAGAGGCCCUCGCCGGAUCAUGAUGCGGAUGUGCUCCGCGCCUUUAACGAUGCUGCAGAUCAGGCGGCUCGGGAUUGGGAGCUGACUACCAUCCGGCUUGCGGCAGCUGCUGCCGAGAAGCUGGACAAACAUGUGAAGAGUGACCUCGGACAGCAGCUGAGCGGUCUUCUCGAAGUCGCUCAGCCCCCAGACCGCCGGAAAUUCUGGAGUUUUGGGCUCAAGUGGGGCCUUGAUUGUGGGUGCUACCUACACUUAGGGCGAUCUUUGAAGCGAAUGCAUUGUGCUUUGAGUGAUGGUGCUUCUUUGUUGGGAAAAGAAGUGAAUGGGAAAGAAAAGAGCUGCUUCGGCAGCUGGGGCAAAGCGUCUGGCAAUGACCGAGAUGCGCAACCGUGGGUGGCUCAGCACCUGCAAAUGCUGAGCGCUUUCAUUGUUCGAGCACGUGGUUUUCAGCUUCAGCUGUUCCAGAAGGAUUUUGAUUUCUUGGCUCAACGUGGUGUGCCGAGAACUAUGGUGUGGAGCGCAGUAGGGGCCUUUGGCUUGUGGUCAGGGGCUUCAGUGGGGGCCAGCUCAGAUGGCACCAGUGGGGGCAGCAACUCUGCUGCCGUGGCAGAUCCUUGGCAGUCGGGGGUCGGUCUUGCAUCUGCCGAGGAUGAUUCUCAGGUGCAGCUCUCGAUGGGUGUUUGUCGAGAGGAUGCCCUUGCUAUUGCUGGGGCUGAAUGCCCUGCUCAGGGGCUCCCUUUGGCGAGUGAGCUUUGUGUGCAUGCUUCUGACACGCAGGCAAGUGCAACAUUUGGGCUUCACAUGAUUGAGGACACUUUCUCUGAGGAGUUUCUUUACUACGUGCCGCAGGCAAGUGCAGCAUUUGGGCUCCACUUGAUUGAGGACACUUUCUCUGAGGAAUUUCUUUACUACGCGCCGCAGCAGCAGCUUCUUCCCUCAGCGUCUGGUCUGGACCUUGGUGCUGGGCCAUGUGGGACGUCGACUUGCGCUGCUGAGAACCCCGUGUGUGACAUUCAAGAAAUCAACAAGACCCGUGAAAGGGCAAAGAGCCUGAGAGGCCUAGCUAGUGAUGAUUGUGAGUGUCAAGAAAUCAACAAGACCCGCGAAAGGGCAAAGAGCCUGAGAGGCCUAACUAGUGCCCAUUGUGAUGGUGAGUGCGAGCCUGACUGUAGGACGAAGAGCCUUUAUGGCUGUGUUCUUAGUGUUCUGUGGGAGCUCAGCGCUAUCAAGACCCGCAAAAGGGCAAAGAUUGAGACUGAGACCGGGGGUCUGGUGCCAGCUACUUGUGCUAGUGGUAGACAUGGCUCCCCGGAGCCCCCCUGUUCUUCCUCCUCGCAGUGCUGCUGCCAUGGCCUGGGCUCGCUGGCGGCUGGUGACGGUGGCGGCCAGUUCUUCAUCGCGCAGGGCAAGGACGCUGUGGUGCCGACGACCGUGCUGAGUGUGGUGCUGAAUGCCUUCAACAGGGUGCCUGCGACGCGCAGAGCGGGACCGCUGCAAACUCAGAGCGAUCUUGACGGUGUGCAACUGCAGGGGCCACUGGGUCAAGACAGGCCGAAAGCGCAAUUGCAAGGGUCUUUGGGUUCAGGCCGACCGCAAGGUCCGAGUAUAUCCCACUUGACCCCUAGCAACCUGAUGCCAACCUUUGUGUGUGAGACACAAUCUGCGAGUGCACCUGUCCCUCCGAGGAUGGGUGGUAACGUGCAAGUGCAAGGGAUCUUGGGUCAGGAUACCAGUGACGUGAUUGCCUCUGCCUGUGCAAGCACUCUUGUGACAAAGGACCAGGACUCUGCUGCUGCCUCGCGCUCCUGCCUGCCUGAGGGCUGCUCGGGCCCCACUGGCCUAAGGUUUGGAGGCGGCAACCCGUUUGAGGGCAUGAUGGCCAGCAUCACGGAACAGCUUAUGCCCAUGAUCACUGCGCUCAUUCAGAAAGCUGUGCAGGAAGCCAUUGCAAAUGCAAUGGGAGGUGCCCCGGCAACCCCUCCCCGUGUUGUGCAGGAACCGGACCUGGAGCGAGGGCCCAAACGCCAUAAGCCUGACCCUAACCCCAGCAACAAGCGAAAAAACCAUGAGUCGAGCCGCCAUCCUUCGUCUCGUGAGCCGGGCGAGGGCAAAGCAGCUGGUGGCAGAGGUGGUCAGCCUGGUGCUGCAAAGGGCUCGGCCAAGGGUGCUGCUAAAGGCAGUGCAGAGGCGUCCCCACCCAAGUCUGGACCUAAGGGCAAAGGGCAGGGCGACCGGCCUCCUCGUGAUGCUGAGGGCUGGACCAAGGUUCAGCGUGCUCCCCCGCAGGGCCCCUUCCAGCUCCGAAGGCAGGAUUGGAGCGCGCAGUUGUUGUCGCAGGAUGGCAUUGCCAAAGCAUUGGACGAACUUAAACCGGGUUCUACUCUGGAAGCUGUCAUUCUUGUCGAGCCCUCGGCGCUGCCGAGAAUUCGCACCAUGCUUGCAGGCACCAGCAAAUCCCAUAAAAUCACCCUUGUAACCUUGGACGCAAAUGGUCCUCACAAGGUCCCGGGAUGUGUGGGAGAUCUCCUCCGUUUUCGACGAGCCUCGAUUGCACAUUGCAAAUCUGACCCUGCUGAUGGUGGUGUCCCUUGCUUUGCGGGGCACAAGGCCAAGGCCAUUAAAGUUGUUCCUGCGUCCACUUCGGUCGUCUACUUUAAGGUGCCUGAGAUGUACAUGACGCCUGAUAAAUUCAAGCAUUGGAAGAACAACCCGAGUCGUGCUGCUUCUUCUUGGGCAAGCUCUCACCAAAUCACUUUGAGUGACACGUGGGGUUGGGUCGAGGAGCAGCAGGCUGGCAAGCAAGGACUGCAGUUGUUUGGCAUUGCUCGCCUCCUGGACUCCGAGUUGUCUUCUCUCGUUGCUGUCAGUGGCCGGGAUGGAGUUUUUGUUGAUGUGCCGCGCGGCAAGCUUGUCUCCACUGUGCAGUGGCUUGCUGUUACCAAGGGGGAAGCUCCGACUGCGUACCUUGAACGCGGCCUCCGCAUGAGUGCUCCUUAUGGCCUUGCCACCCAGGGCGGACGCAUUGGCGCCAGAUCGCCUAGGGAUCCCUCACAGGCUGUCCCGCGUGUUUGGAAUUUCCCUCAUGUGCCGGCUAGCUGGGGACAGAAGGAAGUGCUGCAGGUGCUGGACCAAUCCUUCAAGGAUGUGGCUUUGAUUCAGCAUAAGCGCACUGGCGCUGAGUACUUGUAUCGCUUCAGAGCUACGCUUAAACACGGCGAUCUUGAUCUGGUUCCUUUGAGUGCUAUCGUCGAGAGCGAGCCGGGGAAGGACAAUGAAAUCACGCUGUGGGCCACGGUUGCACCCUACAAGCCUAAGCAAGCUAAGCAGCGACCUCUGCGAUGUGCGCCGACUCCCUGUCUUGCCAAGGAGAAGCCUGCGUUGGAGCCCCAAUCCGUUAAAAUUCAGGUCCCCGCUGAACUGGAUGAUGACGGUAAGGAGGUGUCCCCUGCCAAACAUGUUGCGGCUUCGCAUCGGCAAAUCCCCUCGGGGUGUGAUCUCAUUGAGACUCCGAAAGACGGAGCCUGUUUGUUUCACGCCAUAGCGCGUGGCCUCCACUGGCUUUCGGGCCCUAAGAAAACCGAGCACUCCCACAGGGACUUGAGGGCGCGCUGUGUCGAGCACUUGCGAAAAUAUGCCUCGCAAUAUAUAGGGGAAUGGGACGGCCACGGGCCGGCUUUACAAAAAUUGCGCGAAAAUGCCGCAUCUCCGGAGGACGCCUUUGAGGAAUACCUCAAGUUAAUUGCUUCGGAAUCUGCAUACGCCUCUACCAUCGAGCUGAAGGCUCUCGGACGCUUAUUUGAUUGCCACAUCCUUGUGAUCCCACGCGAUGGGAAUUUUAGUGCGAUGUCGUUUCAUGCGCAGCAGCGCAAAAGGAGGCUGGUGUUAUGGUACACACCUCGGCACAUCGAGCUUCUUUUGCCCGCUAAGGAUGUUAAAGACUACCCUGAGGAGGUUUUUUCCGUUACGAGUGGUGCUGUCGUUGACUUGAGGGCUGGAGGGGAUGAUGCUUCCCAGUGCUCUGGUACUGUUUGGACUGCUUGCGCCCGAUCAAACCGAUCCAAGGCCAGCCGAUCAUCUUCUGUGAAGGCGGGCACUGUGUGGACUGCCACCAACGCGUCGAGCAGAAAGGCCGCUACGCAAUCCCGGCAUGUUGCUUCAGUUCCGAGUUCGCAAAGGGGCGAUUGUUUUGCUGUCCCCCGGUCUGGUUCCAGUUCUCUUAAGCGCGCUCGCGGUGCUGCUGCGACGGUCUGGUCCCGAGCCGUCUCUUCUGGUGCUUCCGUGCAUUCUCAAAUGCCUGCCUUGCCGGAGUGGGACGAUGAUGAUGCCCCGCAACCUGAGCGGUUGCAUCAUGCCAGCCGGGCCCUGCCUCAGUCUGCCCUUGUGAUGGCCCGUCGUAAUCGCGGCCGUGCCUUCCCUGAUGGAGUUGCCAAAUGCAGGCUUUGCCCCUUUCGCCGCAAGUGUGCUGAUCCUGUGAAGGCCUAUGCGGCCUAUCAGCGGCACUUCUUGGAUUCGCAUCCGGGGGAGAAGCUUGGGCUCGCUCCUGCCCGCCAGGCUUCCUGUGUUCGUGACCUCGCUGAUGGCGAGGAGGCGUACUGGAGAUGUAAACGGUGCCAGGCAGGCAUCUCGACUGCUGAUGCGGCCCGCUUUGGCAAGGACUCUUUGUGGCGCUUUCGCCGGGAGCAUAAAACAAAGGCCCACCCGCGCGUCUCUUGGGCUGUGUGGAACAAGGAAGCGAAAUCACACUCGGCCACCAAAUGGGCCUCAAAGAUCAGUGUCACUCGCAACAAUGCCCAGAAGGCUAAGCUCCUGCCGGUGCUGCGCGAGCUGGAGGCUCAGGACUUUGAUGCCUUCGGGUGGCCGCGCCAGGCCGGGAAGGACACCAAUACUGUUGAUAAGUAUCCCUUGCGCAUAUGCCCGGCUUGGGUGUGCCGCAAAUGCCGAGCGCCGUGCCCCUCUGCAGAGAUCGCUAGGAAGCAUCGUUCGGUCAAGGGACAGUGCCCUUCUCGCACUGCUAAGGCGAGGGCGUGGAUUCGGUUGCGCUCCCUUGCUGCCAAUAAGAAGCUUCAUGAUGCUGCUCCUGCCUCUGUUCGCAAAGAGCAAGGCGAGCUCGCCUUCGCUGCUGCUGAAAAGGCCUUGCGAGCCCCCAUGUCGUCGGUGUGA